UAUAGAGCUCUGCUCAGCCUGUAACCAUGACAUUACCUAUUAUUAUAGAGCUCUGCUCAGCCUGUAACCAUGACAAUCUAUGAAAUCAAACCCGGUUGAAAGAUUCCCAGAAUCAGAGGUCUUCACAGCUCCAACUGUUCCCGAAUACCCGAGACGCAAUCCUGGUAUUCUAAAUAAUGUUUUGGGUAGGAUCUAAAAUGAUUGUCUCGGGUGUAAUUUUAACUGACUUGUCCGGAAGGGCCCAUACAGAUCCAAAUGUGACUUCUGCAGUAGAGAGAGACAUUUUAUUUUUAAAUAAUUUAUGCUGCUGCUCUUGCUUUUCACGAAAAGUGGAGCGUUGAACAUGUAGCUUGUUGUUGGCCAAUCACAAGUCGUCAAAGCAGUGCUAGGCUACAGAUCCUCUCUGUGUGGCAAAAGUUAGGAGAUAUCUAAUCAAUGGAAGAUGGAAUUAAAAUUACGUCAUUCAAAGUUAAAGAAGGAUAGGCUACACCGACCAGAAGUCAACAGGUAGGCAGGCUGCUAUUAAUAUUUAAUAGUCUGAAUGGAUUUGUUGUUAUUUGUAACUGUAGGAUCAGAAGUGUAUGCACUCCAUCCUCAAUUAGCAUAGCUAGCUAACCUUAGCUAUGUAGCUUAACUAGUUUCUCCCGUUUUUUUGUCCAAGACGGGUACUACGUAAUCUUAUUUGAUAAAUAACCUAGUAAUGGCAGCUAUUAGUCUACUAUAGCCCGAGCUUUCACAGUACGGCCCCUCCCCUUUCUGCUCGUGCUCUUCUCCUGCUUUGUCAGCUUCAGAUAAUAAAGUUAAAAAAGAACAAAAAUUCUGCUGCUUUCCUGCUGCUUUUUGUUAGUUCAGAUCCGGGUGGUAGAGCGCCACGUCCCUUUCGGAACAGGUCCAACUUUUUGGACCUGUGAAGACCUCUACCUCCAACCAGGAUAUCUGAAAAACUUGGGAAUUUUGUGAAAGCUACCGGGUUUUUGCAACCCUAAUAUAAAUCAAGUUUUAUCAUGUGUAGGUUUCAUUCAGUUCUCUGUUUAACAAAAUAAUGUCUUUGGCAGGAAAGAGACCAGAUUCUCACUCCAGUAGGAAGAGAUUCUCCGAUAGCGGGAAGAGUCCUUCAGGGAAACCGGAACCAGAGACUCCCAAACCAGCAAAACGACACCUCUGUCCCCAUUGUGGAAAGAGUUUUACUAAGUUACGGAACCUAAAAGAGCAUGAGAGGACACACACGGGAGAAAAGCCUUUCCAAUGUUCCCACUGUGGAAAGAGUUUUACCGUGUUAGUUAACAUGAAAAGGCAUGAGAGAAUACACACAGGAGAAAAGCCUUACCAAUGUUCCCAAUGUGGAAAGAGUUUUACCUUGUUAGUUAACAUGAAAAGGCAUGAGAGAAUACACACAGGAGAAAAGCCUUACCAAUGUUCUCAGUGCGGCAAGAGUUUCACCCAGUUAGGGAGCCUGAAAAUACAUAACAGAAUACACUCCGGAAAGAAGUCCUACCACUGCUCCCAAUGUGGAAAGAGUUUUAAACAGUUAAAGCACCUGAAAUCACAUGAAAGAACACAUUCAGGAGAGAAGCCUUUCCACUGUUCUCAUUGUGGAAAGACAUUUUCCCAGUCAGAGGACCUGAAAUCACAUGAGAGAAUAGAGAGGCUGUGUUCUGACUUAUGUUUUUGACUGGGAAUUUGUGUUUUUGUUUAUGCAACUUGAAGUCAUAUUGUUUAUAUGAAACCUUACUCACAAAUAAAUCAUUGUUUUUCUGAAACCUUA